AUGACAUCGAAAGCAGCGACAUCAAUGUCUAUCCCUAAAACUAUGCGAGCCUGGAAACAUCAACGGGCUGGUUCACCUUCCAAAGUUCUGUCAUUGAAGGAUGACGUCUCCAUGCCCACGCCUCCAACUGAUACUUCUGUCCUGGUGCGAGUCUCUCAUGUCGCCUUCCAUCCCGGAGUGAUCAUUCUGAUGCAUUUUGUCCCCUCGUGGCUGCGUCGAAUGCCUGCAGUACCCGAGACAGACUUCUCUGGCGUCAUCGUAAGCUGUGGAAAGGGUGUUCCUGUUUCCAACGGAUCUCGAGACUUUAAGCCAGGCACGCCAGUCUUUGGCUCGUUGCCUGUGAAGCCGUACCUUGGUACUGGCCGCGGCGCACUGGCUGAAUAUAUUGCCAUUGAAGCAGAUGCUAUCGCUAGAAAGCCCGCCGAUGUAUCGUUCGCAGAAGCUUCAGGCCUGGGAGUCUCUGCUCAUACGGCUUUAGUCUUGAUUGAAACAGCAGAAGUGCCCCAGGACGCCAAAGUUCUCAUAAACUCCCCCUGCGGUGGUGUUGGACACUUUGCAACCCAGCUUCUGCGUCACCGUAACCCCACCGCGCGAAUCACCGGAAUCUGUUCUGGCAAUAACCAUGCGCUUGCCCUCCAGCUGGGCUGUACCGACACCAUCGAUCACACCUCAUUCCCCAACGCGGAGGGCCAAACACUAGUCCAGCAUCUUGCUGCAAAGUACGGCAAUGACGAAGAGAAGUUCGACGUCAUAUUCGAUGCCUACGGAAGUCAGGAUCUUUGGAUAUGUUCUGCUAAGUACCUUAAGCCCGGCAAAGAUCAUCCGUAUGUUACUGUCGGCCCCAAGAUGGGUGUCUCCAUCGUGGAAGUGCCUGGGUUUUUAUGGAAGGUGAUCAUGAACUCAACAUUACCAACCUGGCUGGGAGGAGUGCCUAGACCGUAUAAGCAGAUUUCCGCAUUCACGAAUACAGAGGCCAUCGAGAGAUGUAGGGAGCUGGCUCAAGCAGGUGAAUUCAGGACAUACGUAGGCGAAAUCUGGGAACUGGACCAGGCAUUGAGUGCUUAUGAGGUGAUGAGCAGUGGCCAUGCCCGCGGGAAAGUCGUGGUUAAAGUCUGGGAGCCGGAUGAGGAGUGA